GCUGUGGGUGUGAUGGAAGAAGGAAACUACCAGCUGUGGGUGUGACUGCUAGAAGGAAACUACCAGCUGUGGGUGUGAUGGCUAGAAGGAAACUACCAGCUGUGGGUGUGACUGCUAGAAGGAAACUACCAGCUGUGGGUGUGAUGGCUAGAAGGAAACUACCAGCUGUGGGUGUGACGGGAAGAAGGAAACUACCAGCUGUGGGUGUGACUGCUAGAAGGAAACUACCAGCUGUGGGUGUGACGAGAAGAAGGAAACUACCAGCUGUGGGUGUGACUGCUAGAAGGAAACUACCAGCUGUGGGUGUGACUGCUAGAAGGAAACUACCCGCUGUGGGUGUGACGAGAAGAAGGAAACUACCAGCUGUGGGUGUGACGGCUAGAAGGAAACUACCAGCUGUGGGUGUGACUGCUAGAAGGAAACUACCCGCUGUGGGUGUGAUGGCUAGAAGGAAACUACCAGCUGUGGGUGUGAUGGCUAGAAGGAAACUACCAGCUGUGGGUGUGACUGCUAGAAGGAAACUACCAGCUGUGGGUGUGACUGCUAGAAGGAAACUACCAGCUGUGGGUGUGAUGGCUAGAAGGAAACUACCAGCUGUGGGUGUGACUGCUAGAAGGAAACUACCAGCUGUGGGUGUGACUGCUAGAAGGAAACUACCAGCUGUGGGUGUGACUGCUAGAAGGAAACUACCAGCUGUGGGUGUGACUGCUAGAAGGAAACUACCAGCUGUGGGUGUGAUGGCUAGAAGGAAACUACCAGCUGUGGGUGUGACUGAUAGAAGGAAACUACCAGCUGUGGGUGUGACUGAUAGAAGGAAACUACCAGCUGUGGGUGUGACGGGUAGAAGGAAACUACCAGCUGUGGGUGUGACUGCUAGAAGGAAACUACCAGCUGUGGGUGUGACUGCUAGAAGGAAACUACCAGCUGUGGGUGUGACUGCUAGAAGGAAACUACCAGCUGUGGGUGUGACUGCUAGAAGGAAACUACCAGCUGUGGGUGUGACUGCUAGAAGGAAACUACCAGCUGUGGGUGUGACUGCUAGAAGGAAACUACCAGCUGUGGGUGUGACUGCUAGAAGGAAACUACCAGCUGUGGGUGUGAUGGCUAGAAGGAAACUACCAGCUGUGGGUGUGACUGCUAGAAGGAAACUACCAGCUGUGGGUGUGACUGCUAGGAGGAAACUACCAGCUGUGGGUGUGACGGCUAGAAGGAAACUACCAGCUGUGGGUGUGACUGCUAGAAGGAAACUACCAGCUGUGGGUGUGAUUGCUAGAAGGAAACUACCAGCUGUGGGUGUGACGGCUAGAAGGAAACUACCAGCUGUGGGUGUGACGAGAAGAAGGAAACUACCAGCUGUGGGUGUGACGAGAAGAAGGAAACACCCCUUAUGGGCGUGGCGGCUAGAAGGAAACACCCCUUAUGGGCGUGGCGGCUAGAAGGAAACACCCCUUAUGGGUGUGGUGGGUAAAAAAGGUCAUAUGGAAUUCAGUGUUUGAUGGUUUUUAACCUGUUUGUUGCUCUUUCUGUCUACCAAUCCAAACUGUUGAAAACCAAGGUCCACCUGUGGUGAAGUGAGCCCUACGUCUCAAAUUACACCCUAUUCCUCAUUUAGUCUUGAUUCUAUACUCUAAUAUUGUUUUAAUGUGAAAACGUAUGGUCCAAACCUAGGAAUUCUCUUUGUUCCAUUUGUCUGGUUUAUUGGUCAGGUUUUCAAGCACCAUGGUCUUUCUGCUGUGAGAUUGCUGGCUAUUUUCAACAGACUGGAUGUGGCGCAAAUGGCACCCUAUUCCCUGUGUAGUGUACACCCUAUUCCCUGUGUAGUGUACACCCUAUUCCCUGUGUAGUGUACACCCUAUUCCCUGUGUAGUGUACACCCUAUUCCCUGUGUAGUGUACACCCUAUUCCCUGUGUAGUGUACACCCUAUUCCCUGUGUAGUGUACACCCUAUUCCCUGUGUAGUGUACACCCUAUUCCCUGUGUAGUGUACACCCUAUUCCCUGUGUAGUGUACACCCUAUUCCCUGUGUAGUGUACACUCUAUUCCCUGUGUAGUGUACACUCUAUUCCCUGUGUAGUGUACACCCUAUUCCCUGUGUAGUGUACACCCUAUUCCCUGUGUAGUGUACACCCUAUUCCCUGUGUAGUGUACACCCUAUUCCCUGUGUAGUGUACACCCUAUUCCCUGUGUAGUGUACACCCUAUUCCCUGUGUAGUGUACACCCUAUUCCCUGUGUAGUGUACACCCUAUUCCCUGUGUAGUGUACACUCUAUUCCCUGUGUAGUGUACACUCUAUUCCCUGUGUAGUGUACACUCUAUUCCCUGUGUAGUGUACACCCUAUUCCCUGUGUAGUGUACACCCUAUUCCCUGUGUAGUGUACACCCUAUUCCCUUUGUAGUGUACACCCUAUUCCCUGUGUAGUGUACACCCUAUUCCCUUUGUAGUGUACACCCUAUUCCCUUUGUAGUGUACACCCUAUUCCCUUUGUAGUGUACACCCUAUUCCCUAUGUAGUGUACACCCUAUUCCCUAUGUAGUGUACACCCUAUUCCCUAUGUAGUGUACACCCUAUUCCCUAUGUAGUGUACACCCUAUUCCCUACGUAGUGUGUGGCGUUUGACUAAAGCCCACAGGGGUGUCAUUUGUGAUGCAACCAUGGUCUUAACCAGGGAUAUUCAACUAUGACCCUACGAGGUCCAGGUUCUGUUGUAUCUGAUAAUUAAUUGCACCCACCUGGUGUCCCUGGUCUAAAUCAGGCCCUGAUUAGAGGGGAAUCACCCACCUGGUGUCCCUGGUCUAAAUCAGUCCCUGAUUAGAGGGGAAUCACCCACCUGGUAUCCCAGGUCUAAAUCAGUCCCUGAUUAGAGAGGAAUCACCCACCUGGUGUCCCAGGUCUAAAUCAGGCCCUGAUUAGAGGGGAAUCACACACCUGGUGUCCCUGGUCUAAAUCAGUCCCUGAUUAGAGAGGAAUCACCCACCUGGUGUCCCAUGUCUAAAUCAGGCCCUGAUUAGAGGGGAAUCACACACCUGGUGUCCCUGGUCUAAAUCAGGCCCUGAUUAGAGGGGAAUCACACACCUGGUGUCCCUGGUCUAAAUCAGGCCCUGAUUAGAGGGGAAUCACCCACCUGGUGUCCCUGGUCUAAAUCAGGCCCUGAUUAGAGGGGAAUCGCCCACUUGGUGUCCCAGGUCUAAAUCAGUCCCUGAUUAGAGGGGAAACGAUGAUGAAGUGUGUUGGAACUGGCUUGGAGUUUGAGUUGAGUUUCGGCUGCUGGAUAGGCUGAUCUGAUCCAGUAAAAUCACUGUCUCCAGCUCCUGGAGCUUUAUUGGGUGUGCAGGCUUUUGUUUCAGCCCAGCACUAACACACUUUUUAGCCCAUGAUUAGCUGAAUUGGGUGUGUUAGUGUUAGGCUGAAACAAAAGCCUGCACCCCCUCUGACCCUACAGUAUGAAGCUCCGUGUCUGCUUUCUCUCUCUGAACUAUGAGAAACGCUCCUCUGACUCGACACGCCAGCUCUGUCAGCGUUCUCUAUUGAAACAGAGGGCCCUAACUAUCUCGCUUACUGGAGAAGGCAAAACGGCAAGAAUGCACUUCGUCAAAGAAAUGUUACUUUUUGUUGUUGGGAAUAUGAUUAUCCAAAUUGUCCAUGUGUUUCAGUUUUCUGCCCCAAUUCAUUUCAUUAGUGUCACAUUGUGUAGUGUGGAAGUUCAAUAGCUGGGGGGGGGGGGUCAACCAG